CAUGCUCAGACUGCCCUCCCGUCUUAUUAAUUUUUAAUGGAAAAUGGCUGCGUUUCUAAUCCAAACCUCUGGAGCUGGGAGAUAAAAACACGUCCAGCCGAAACAAAAACGUCUCGGCGACGUUCACACCGAUUCAGCCCGUGUGUGCUGAGGUUACGUUAGCGAGCAGAUGACCCGUGGUGAGCAAUUAUUUUGGGGGAAAAUGGAUCGACUCGCGCUUUGAGGGAUGAAAGAUCAUUUUUCUCCUUAACCCUUUCAAGUCCGAGAUCUGCAAACAAUCGAGCAGAAGAUGAUGCGUCAGGUGACAAGCAGUGACUUCUGCAUGAAUAGCAGGCCGUCGUGCCUCGCGGAAGACAGCCACCAUCCGGCCUCCCACUUUGAACUGUGCACCUCCCAGCCCAACAAGUUCUACCCUCCUCCCCCUCCGUCGGCGCUCCAGAUGACGCUGGCCCCCAUGGCCUUGUCCACCCAUGGCCACAAGCCUAUGGUGUGCCAGAGACAGGAAGUGCUCGGGGUGGACGCCCGCUCGCCCGGAAAAGUACCCGGCAUUAAGAGCACUGAUCAAGCACCGGAUGACGGAAAGAAGAAGAACAAGGCUGUCGGGAAGACGGGCAGACGCGGGAGGCCUUUGGGAACCACCAAGCUAGCCGGGUACAGAACCAGCACGGGGCGACCCCUAGGUACAACUAGAGCUGCCGGGUUCAAGACGAGCCCCGGAAGGCCGCUGGGUACAACCAGAGCAGCGGGGUACAAGGUCAGCCCAGGUCGGCCUCCAGGCAGCAUCAAGGGCCUCUCACGUCUCAACAAACUGGCUUAUGGUAGCACCUGCAGCGGAGCAGCUUUUCCCUAUCCGAUACCGCACAAAGAGAUCCUCUGUGAACCCUCCUGCAAAGAGAAGACAGCCAAUGAGUAGACGUUUGACUCUGUUUCUACUCGUCCUCCAAUAAGAGAGGCAUGUGUACAGGUUUCCUGCCUGAUGCUGGGGGUGAUUGUGUGAUUUUUCCCAAUCUGCUGCGAGACAGACAGGAGGAGAUUUUCUAUCAUUCGUGUUGGUGUUAUCUGUGUGCCUGCCACCUGAUAAAAUACUGUUAGGUUUCAGUGCUGCAGCCAGAGAGCUAAAGUGAGUUGAGGGUUCAAUUUCACUUUUUCGGUGUCUGUGUACCAAGAAAAAAAGAAUCACAGUUGUUUAUUGAGCAAGGGCCUUUUAUCUUUCUUAUGGUAGUAGUGGUUUUCAUGAUACAUUUGAUUUUUAUUGUGCUUUAUGUAGCAUUUAAACGCUGUAGGAAAAACUUUAAAAAAAAUCAUUUUAAGCAAAUUUAUUCUGCAAACAAAGGACAACAUGAGAAGAUAGUUAGCAACACUUGUGUGAAAUCUGCAUCAAACCAAUACCAACUUUACUUGAAAUACAUAUUAACUUAUGUUUCUGAACAUUUUUGUUCUUUAAACAAACACUCCCAAAGUAAGAAGGAAGGAGGAAGAGGGACAAGCUGCAGCACUCUCCAUGAAACAGGAAGAUUUGCUGGAAAUUUAAAUAACAAAAUGGUAUAUUAUGUAGCACCUUUUUGUGUGUCACAUUUGGAAAAAAAAAGGGUAAUUUGACUCUUGAUUUAAACAUUUAAUUUAAAGAAUCGAGAGGGAGCUGUGUGUAGGGGAGGUGGGGUGUCUAGUGCCUUGCUCAGUGGCACUUGGAAGACAGAUGUACAGAUUAUCCUCCAGGCUGACAGCAGCCCGAAAACUGAAAUCACAAUAAUCUUUUAAUCCAUCUUUUUCCACUCUGAUCAAGAUUCAUCACUAAACUCUCUCACUUUGUGAAUGUCACCUUGAGAAUGUCGACAAGUUAUGUGUGCAUGCAGAUCAUCAAAGUGACUGAAUCAACAUGCAGAAUGUUGUGACUAAUAACACUGUUAUCAAGGACUGUUGUUUGUCUUUAUUGUUACAAAAGGUGUAAAACGAAACAAACUGCGUUAACAUUAGCAGCAACUCAGAUCAGCUCCUGCUUCUUUCAAACCUACCAAACCCCCCCAGAGUGUGGAACCUGGUCGUCCUGUUUGCUCUCAAACAUUCGGAUAGAGAGUGUUUUUAUAUUUGCAUGAUGCCUGAUUGCUCUCCAGUAAAGAAACAUUUGAGGUUUUUCAUCCACAUUUUUUUUCAGCUCUUAAUGGCCUGGGUUUCAUUUAAGGUUGCAACACACUAUUUCUACUUCUUUUUUUGAAGUUAUUUUUUGGGACUUUUUGCCUUUAUUAGACAGCUGAAGAGAGAGGAGAGAGUGGGGAUAUAACGGGCAGCAAAGUGUGGAGGCUAGAUUCAAACCUAAGGCCGCUCCAUUGAGGACUAAAGCCUCCUUACACUAUUUCUACUUCUAAAAGUGAAAUAAAACAUUUACCGGUAGUAACUCACUUGUCCCAACACAAGCUGAGGAACUCUACUUGUAAGAAAUCUGAUCUUAAAUCAGUUCCAUUUAAGUUCACUUCAGGAUAUUUCUCUCCUUUUGGUUUUAGAGUUUCUUCUUGAAAGGUUUGUUUUCUGUCAUUUUGUGAUUGUUUUUAAAUCAAACAAAAUAUGGCAAAAGUCCUUAUAGUAAACAUAUCAAGGGGAUUAAAACGUUGCUUUACCUAUAACUUUGUUUUGUUGUAGGGAGGCUUUGUUACCCAAAGUAAUACUGUGUCAUUGUUAUACCCCAAACCAGCAUCAUGUGGUGUAAACAAAGGCAGAUGUUUUGCUUAACAAAAUGAGAAUUAAGAAAAGGAGCAGAUUGAUGUUAAAAAUAUCCUGUUUGUAAAGAAUGUGCUGCUGAAUGCACUGACUGGAACUGAUGAGGCAGUUCACCUUGUACUGAAAGCAUUUCUUUGAUGUGGUGUUUGUGUGCCAACAGUUUCCCCAACUUAAGCCUCAAAUGUCUUAUUUUUCAUUAUACUCAUAGAUUUAAAAAAGAAAAAAAACAUAGGCUACUUACAAUGUUUUGAUGAUAUUUCAAAGCUGAAUCAUUAAGAGAAAGGGCAAUUUGGUUUUCACAGUCUUCCAAGCCUGCAGGUUAUGAUCGGUGGGAAAUCUGCAGACGGGUGGCGCUGUUCCUUCAACAGAAAAUGUACGAGUUAAAACACAGACCGACAGAAGAGAAACAUCCUUUAAAAAUUAUCCCAUUUGUUAGCAAAGAUUAUACUUAGUGGUAAGAAUGAGAUAAUUUUGUAUUUAUGAUUUCAUUUCUCUAGUUUCAACAUCUCAAAUGUAUCCUAAACAAGCUUUCAACUUUAGUUUCCUUCAUUAAAUGACAAAGUCUGAUAAUGUGUCUUUUGAUGUUGCUAUGGAUUAUGUUGUGUUGACACUUGAAUCUGACUGUUGAGGACGCUGAUUCUUUUUCAGAUGUGAAAGCAUGCGGUGCAAACAGGCGGAGACAGAAAUGAUCAACCAGUUUGUCAGCAUGGUUGCGUAAAUAAUGUAGAUUACAUCAAGUCAGGACAGGAUUUCAAUCCUUCAUAACUGAUUGGCUAUAUGACCAUAUAUGUCCAUUACUUAUAGUCAAGUUUCUAUUAUUUAAAGUCUGAAUCUAAAACCUUUCCUCUAUGAAUAUUCAUUUAGCAGUUUUAUUUGUAAAAGGACGUUUCAAAGCCGGAGAGGAAAGACGCCGCUGAAGCUUCACUGAGUUGCUCUCUCGUUGAAAUAUGAUAAAAUUAGUUGAGUUUGGUGCAAUAAUUUGUUGUGUGUAUUGUACUGUGAAAACUUUGAUACUAUCACUUUUUAUUAUGGCUGUAUUUUUAUACUUGUGUGUGCAAGGCCUUCUGCCACUCGUUGUUGAUGUGUGCGGUGUUGACAGAGGUCACUGAAGUGUCACAGACAAACAUGGUUGUCACCCUCCUUUACCAAAGAAUAUGACGUCCUCUAACUAAUACACUGUUUGAUUUGAAAAGUGACGCUACGUCCCACAAAAUAACCGUAUACCGUGAGAGUUACUGUUUCAAAUGUCAACAAAGAAGCACUUGGAGACCACUAUCCCAUAAAAGAUGAUCGUUUGUAUUAGGGGGAAAAAAAACGCUCACCUGUCACAUCUAAAGGGAUGAAAUGUCAGUUUCUUUGAAUGCAUUGUAAAUUAUACAUCGAUAAUGUAAAGUUACUUCAUUAUAUUUCAUAUUUAUAUCCAUAGUUCUCUUUUUGUAUAUCAUUUUGACACAGCCAUCUUUGAUAUUUGAUUGACUUGUGUUGUUGAGGAUUAGCUUACAUGUGUCACAUCCUGAAGGGUUUGUUCAGGCUCUGAAUGGAUCCACUCAAGUGAAGCCUGAGGGGUAAAACAUGCUGGCAUGCAUUGGAGGCAGGAGAGCACUUUUUUAUUACAGAAGACAUUUGAACAUGUCACAGUAGGAAUAACACAGGUGUAAAUAAUGAAUAAACCAUGGCUGUACUCCAUUAAGCUGCUUCAGUUUAAGGUUAUUGUCACACUGUCGAUGUUAACAGUUACACCUGUGCUUCCCUUACAUAAAAGAAGUCAAAAUGUCUCGUGGAAAACACUUCUUUCCUGAGUUUUGAUGAAGCACACUGACUUGUUGGAUUGUGACCCAAAGAGGAGGGCAUCAAAACUGGCACAGAGAUUAUUGGUGUGUGUAGAAGGUGGAUUAACUUUUUUUUCUUCUUUUUUUUUGCUCCCAUAUUUCAAGUCAAACAUGAGAGACAGAAGGCACAGGAGUUGAUAGAUUAUAUCAUAGUUUCUUUUUUCAUUUUUAUUCUUUAGACUAUUAUUUUCUCAAAUAUCCAGCAUUGAAUCAUCACAUGGUCUACUGUCUAGAUGAUGAUUUAAAAAAAAAAAAAAUAUGACCUCACAUUUUGAGUGUUUUUAAGAAGCCUGGUAAUUCCUCAAGUAUGAUUGGCCAAGCCUGUAAAGCUUUGUAUUACUCCCAUUUGAUUCCUGCAUGAUUGUUGUGGAAUGUUUCAAAGUUGUGUAAUAAAACUCAAAGUCACACACGACCAUGA